AUGUCUUUCCUCACCGGUGCCAUUCGCCAAGCGGCAAAGGGCACGGCUGCCCGCCAUGCCUUGCUGAACGGACGCAGCGCUGCCGUCGCUUUCCCUCAAGGUUCGUGUGCUCGAGUCAGACGGUGGUGGGCGAGGUGGGAAAAGGUGAUCAAAAAGCUGGACUGCGCAUAAGUUGAGCCGUAGAACGCCAGAAACGGGUUUACAACGCGAGAUCUUCGCAGCGGGAGGACGGACCCAGGUCGGCUCUGAGGUCCCGAAGGGUGUCGUGAGGAUAAUCUCUUUCCCAUUCUUCGCACGGCAUCUCGCUGUGUCUCGAGCUUGAGCGCAAAAGACUGACCACGACACCAUUUUGGCCUUUGCCGAAUCACAGUGCGAGGCAUGGCAUCUCACUCUCACGACGACGAGACUUUCGAGUCCUUCACAGCGCGCUACACAUCCUUCUUCGAUGCCGUCGAGGAUCUGUUCGAGCUGCAAAGAGGUCUGAACAACUGCUUCUCAUACGACUUGGUUCCUGCGCCAGAGGUCAUCGAGAGUGCGCUCAGGGCCAGUCGCAGGGUGAACGAUUUCUCCACUGCUGUUCGCGUUUUCGAGGGUCUGAAGGAGAAGGUGGAGAAUGAGGGACAGUACCAGCAGUACGUCACUGCUCUCGCUGAUGUUCGCAAGGAGCUCGGUGAGUGCUAAGAAGCGUUUGUUCGGCACCGAGAUGCUAUCCGGUGGAAUCCUUUUGCAUGUGAUUGCACCAAAUCCCGGUGCUGGGACACCUGCGCUGACGUGCCAAGUCACUUGGUUUCCGUGUCCCUCCACAGGCAUCAACUUGCGCGAGGAACUGUACAACAACUGA